AUGAGACCCCUGCUGCUGCUGUUAGUGAUUCCUGGCGUUGCACUGUCUGCGAGGAUCCUGGGCAUCAACCCCUCGGCGUCCAUCAGCCACCAGAAGCCGUUCCUCAUCAUCAUGCGGGCUCUCGCAGAGAGAGGGCACCAGGUGACCGCCAUCACCACCAACCCGAUAGAGGAUCCGCCAAAAAAUUUGACUCAAAUUGAUAUGUCAUUUACAUAUCCGAGAGAAGGUCAAUUGAUGGACGUUAAGGAAAUGAUGCUGAAUGUACUGAAAUCUCCUCCAGAAAAACUAGCUGAGAUGCUGCUUCCUUACAACGAAAAGUUGUGCGAUGCCCAUUUCAACCAUUCUGAAAUAAAGGAGCUACUGAGGCAGGAGCAGAAGUUCGAUUUGGUCAUCAUGGAGACUGUGACUGUGUUCUGCUAUUUUGGAUUUGUUCACCAACUGGGCUCGCCACCGGUUGUCGCCUUCCUCUCGGCUGGUGUCCCUGGCACUCUGAGUUACGCCAUGGGAGACUACGUGAACCCAGCAUACAUGGCGGAUAUCAUGACGUCCUACAGCGACCAUAUGACAUUCUGGCAGAGGCUGCAGAACACGCUUUCCUUCCUCAGGCAAUUGUAUUCCAGUUAUACUGUUAUCUACCCUGAAAACGACAGGUUGAUACGCAAGUACUUUGGACCAGACGUUCCUCCUCUAGGCGAGAUGUUUCUAAACAUCAGUCUUAUACUUACGAAUAACCACUUCAGUGCCAGUUACCCUCAGCCACGUCUCUCAGGUGUAGUAGAAAUGACUGGUCUACACAUCGAAAAGAAGCGAACCCCCUUACCGAAGAAAUGUACAGAAAAGAAACUAUGUUCUAAAAAUCUGAACUUCACAAACUAUGAUGUUUUACUGAGUGUAAAUAGUACAGCUCUGUCACUGCUGAUCUUGGCAGUUCCAGGAUAG